UUCUCACUUCUCGUAUUUUCAUCUCACAUGAAAAAAUACGCGCGAUUGGCUAUGAGCAUAGUGAAAAUGCGAUAUCCCUAUGCUCACGUGAGUAAAAAUCACAAACGCGAGUGCAAGCAAUGGUAGAAUACUUCACAUAACCUUUAAAAAACGGUGCAUCGCCUCUGAGUUAAAUAAUCUCCAAUAAUCUCAAAAUCCCUCCUGUUGACGAUUGACGACGCGUGUCCCGAAUAAGAUACCAAUUUAAAAAAAACAGUUGGAAUACGUAAUCGACCCCCUGAUUGGACGAGUCCAGCAUAUGGCGUCAUUAACCCGACUGAGGGUGCCGUCACAUGGAGCCAAGGUUGGGUAUGUAUAAUACUUAAUGCUUUAUACGUUUAUAAAACCAUGUAUAAUACAUACGUAUUAUACAUGGUUUUAUACGUAUGUAUAAUACGCUGAUCGCGCCUCUUCAGGCCUUUGACGGAAGCGUAUGCUUAUAACGUAACGUCGGUAAAUAACGUUACCGACGUUACAUUUGUCUGGUUAUGUUAUAUGUUGUAGAGCUUGUGAUUGAAUCAUAACCUUUGAUUAUUGUCCCCGGUCCCCUGUCUUUGUGACAAUAAAAGAAAAAGUCGGGGUGGCAGGCCAACCCAUAAUUUUUGGGAAAAUGGUGACUUUGAGCGACGUUCUGUAGGUGGAAAAAUGGUAGCCUACUGCAUGGUUUGUGAAAAAACUUUAACAAACUCCUCGAAAUCUAGGUUACAAACCCACAGGUUAACAAAAUAAAAUAUGGAGAAAAUGACUCAUCACUCAUCAGAGAUGAAAGAGUAAACUAUAUUGAAUGUUUGUGAAAAUUUUAUAUUUACAGAACAACCUGCAAUAGAGAUAAGCAUAGAUUGACAGCUUCGAAGUCAAAUGAUAUCAACGAAAAUAUGCUCAAUGCAAUCCAAAUUAACAGUAUUGACACGAUAACGGAUUCGUCAUUGGAUGAAUCGGAUCCAAGAUCUUCAAAGAUCAUCGCAAUAGGAGUCGAAAAUGCUGAACAUAUUCCCGUUAUUAUUCCUGAUCACGAAAUAUCAACUAUACUAUCUCAGGGACUGAGUGCAGAUAUUUCGUCUACGUCCAUUCUUCCAUGUGCGAAAAAACGUAAAACAUCGAAACCUCAACGAGGAUUGAAUUCAUAUUUUGAUUAUGUUUCAGAAAAAGAUAAAAUCCGUUUUGACGAGUUUGUAGCGAAAUUUUUCUAUGGAUGCAACAUCCCUUUCGACAAAGUCGAAUCCAAGGUGUUUUUGGAUUGCAUGAGGUGCUAUACGACCUGGGUACAAGCCACUGUCUGCGGCAGCGAUGGCAAAUCAGUUUCUCCACGAUUCUCAUGCCCAACUCGAAAAAAUCCGUUCGACUUUGUCUAAUUCCGAAGGAGUAUUGAUCCUCUUUAGGACAAAAACGGAACAGGAGUCGCACGUAGUUGCUUUCGUGCAGUCCCAAGACAAAAAAUAUAUAUAUUUGAAGACAUGGUAUGCGCAGAAAAAUGAUGACAAUUUCACAGAUAUAAUUCAUGAUGCAAUCGAUUUAUCGAGAACAAAAUUUAACAUCACGAUCUACGCCGCCAUUUCUGACAAAAAUUUGGGAUCGAUAGAUUUAAAUGGAUGCAGAACACCGUGGUCAUUGCAAUGCCAUAAGUCCUUCGCUGCAUCUGUCGAAGUCGAUCUGGUCGACUUUGAGCUUGCAGAAAAUGUACGUUACUUACUUGACGAAUUCUCAAGUAGAGAAUUGCAAGAGAAUUUAAUAGUACAUGGAGGAACAGACAUCAAAUUACGAAACUGUUCACAUUCUCAUUACUGGAAUUUAUUUUCAUCUUGUAUGAAAAAUUAUGGAGCUAUGAGACAGCUAGUGGGCGACAGGGAGUGCAGAUUAAAAAAAAACGUUGUAAGCAUAUUAAUUGAGGACUCCUUCGAGGAAAAGUUGAAACAUGCUUUGGAUUUGUUGGAGCCUAUUCACUCAAUUGCACAAAAUUGCGAGCAGCAAAACACCACGAUUGCUGAUAUUGUCGAACAAUGGUUGAUGGUGGUCGAUAAUGAGAACUAUAAAUCAAUUCAAUGUCGAAUCGAAGAAGUCCUGACUCCAAUUGCCUUAACAGCAAAUCUUCUUCAUCCCAUCUACCGAGGUAAACGGUUCGCAGAAGAUGUGAUACGUAUUACAAAGACUACGGAUUUCAUGCUUGAGGAACUUGAUCCAGAUCAAAUGAACGAGUUUGGGAAUUAUAGAGAUUCGACAAAAUUAUUCAGUUCUCGUCGUUUAAAAGAAUACGAUGCACUGUCAUUCUGGCGGGUAGUUUCUUCAGUACACCCAAAGUUAUCAUCCUUUGCUAUGAAAAUCCUACGACUCCCUGUUGCUGUGCACAAAUCGAUAUCACAUCCGGCUAAUGUUAACGACUUAACGCCUAAAUGAUUUGAAAAGCUCACAGAUUUAUUUUUUAACUUAUACGUUUGAAUCUAUUCCGAAUUUGUUUUCUUGUUGGUAAUAUGACAAUAUAAAUUGUUAAAUAGUAGUUAAAAGAGAAAUAUUCUACUGUUAAUGUAUUUAAACUAUAUAUGAAGGAACUCAAAGUUUCUUCGCGUUUCCGCGAACUUUGUUCAUUUUGUGAAAUGAGAUACGAAAAAGCAUUUGACAAGGACGGGAUCCGAUAGCGCACGGUGCGAUAGCCCACCAACCAAUCAUCUUAACUUAUCUAACCCAAACAACGGAAAAUCUCUAGGUAUUGGUUGUUGUGAGUGGUGGUGGGCUAUCGAUCCCGUGCGCUAUCGGGAUCCGCCCAUUUGACAAGAGUUUAUAUCCAACUUACCAGUUAUGGAUUUUGUGAUUUAAAAUGUGAAAUAUUAUUAAGAAAAAGAUGUUACAAA